GCCGAAUUGAAAAUGCACACAAAAUACUUUCAAACCUACACCGAGAGGAAUUAGGCCAAAAGCAUAUAUGCGAUGACCACCCUAAUAUUCCAUCUAAGAAUGAAAUUUGAUUGUGCAAGAUAAAGACGACCUCUCCAGAAAAUGGCAGAUGAAUACUGUCGUAGUAUAUUGCGGGUCAGUCUUGCCCAAAUUUGUCAAAAUCUUGGAUGGAACGCUGCUCAAGCCACACCUCUGGAACUUCUUACAGACGUUUUGGAGCGAUACCUUGUUGAAGUAUCCAAAGUCACCCAUCGUUACUCAGAGCAAUUUGGCAGGACUGACCCUAACUUAGAUGAUCUGGGACUAGCGUUUCGACACUUAGGUGUACAGCUAGGAGAACUUGAAGAUUAUGUUCACCAUGUUGAUCCAUUGCCAUUUGCUCAUGAGGUUGUGUCCUUUCCUGUUCCAAAAAGAAACAAUCUUCAGUUUCCUAGAACAGAGAGUAGAGAAGUGCUACAGAGAGAUGAACACAUUCCGGAGCAUCUCCCUGCAAUGUUUCCAGAAGAGAUUGCGACUCCACAGUCUCCUCCACACACUCAGCCCGAACCUGGAUUGCUGGCAGUCCCUCCAACUACACCCAUGGCUUCAUCACCUUUAGACAUACAAGUGGAUGGUCCUGCGGUCAGUCCUGGAUUGUCUGACAAACGACUUCUGACCAGUCCACCCUCCGGGGGACCACCAUCAAAAAGAAUGAGAUUGACCAAUCUUCCUGAAGAAGCAGCACACUCACAGUAUGAAAUGAAGAGCAUGGCGAUGAAUGUUGUGGGUGAGGUGAUGCCUACAGGAGGCUACAUAGGCAAACUGCCUGAUGCCAAAACACCCCCUCAGGGCUUCCCAAAGAGGUUUCCAAAGGAUAAUACUCGAGGUUCUUCUUCAAAAUCAGCACCAUUGGUACCUGUAGCAAGAGAUAUUCUUAGUGAGCUAAAUAGCAAAAAAGAUUCAAAUGAUAGUUCACACAAGAAGGAAAAAGAUAAAACUUCUUCAAAUUCUUCAUCAAAAAAGAGUGGAAUAAAGAAAAAAUCAAAUAGCAGCUCAGAGAAGAAAGAUGUAUCCAAGUCAAAGAGUAAAGUAAAGAAAAAUUUGAUUAUUUCGAAACCAAGGCCAAGAUCAAGGUCGAAAUCCCCAGCAAGGGCUAAAAGUCCUAAGGGGCUUGGUAACAAGAAGGGACAGAAUAAGUUGCCAAGUGAUGGGGGUGCAGGACUUUUCUCAGAGACAAUAAUGUUAGAAAGACAGAAAGGACCGACUUCAGACAAAGGGAGGUCAAGUUCUCCAAGUAUCCAGAAUAAAGAUGAAUUGCACAACAUCCUUGCUGCUUCUCAUAAAAACAGGGAUUCCCCAAGAUCUACUCCUCUGGACUUGAGUUGUAAAAAAGUUCCCAAACCCACCGACUUGGAGGAAAAGAAACGACGGCUGGAUGCUAUUCAGAGUUCUAUUGACAGUGUGUUAAGACAAUCAGCCUUAAAGCAGCUUGAGAAGGAAUCAGAGAUUCCAGAAAACACAUUUGUUCCAUUAGAAAUGCAAGAAGAAAAAGUUGUAGAAAAAUCUAAAUCAGUGGAAAAGAUGAAAGAAGAAGGUUCAAAGUCAGUGGAAAAGAUAAAGGAGUCAAGUAUUGGUUCAUCUAUAGAUGAUACUAUCAACGCUGUGAUAGGAGGAGUGAUGGACAGGACAGAUACACAGGUAACUCCCAUGCCAGUCAAGGAGGAGGCACUCGAUGUUGUCACACCAACCCCAGUAGUCCCAACAUCCCCAGUUGUUACCACACCUGUAUCAACACCACAAACCUCACCACGCAAGAAAGGAAGACCGCCUAAAAAAGGUAAAGCUAAAAGUAGCAAGAAGCCUUCUACUCCCCCAGUGGCUCCCUCUGUCAUGAUAGAGCCACCACCAAUGAUGGAACCCAAGUCUCCAAAAGAUGAGAAGUUUGCAGUGUUUGACUUUCCAGAGAGUCCACCGAUGCGAUCUACUCCUAAACCUGGCAUCCUCCCACCUCCUCCACCUCCACCUCCACCUCCUCCUCCUCCUCCCACUCCUCCUUCCCAACUUACUGUACCCAUGACUGCUCCACGAAGUCCCAGUCCUCCGCCACCUGUGGAACAACCUCCUGCAGUUGUGAUUGAGGAACCAUCUUCACCUGUGAUUGAGGAAACACUCGUCAAUGUCAAGGUGGAAAAUAGUGCUCCUGUAACACCUACACCAGAGAAAGGGCACAGUAAAGACAAAGAGAAACAUAGAUCUAAGGAACAUAAAAAGGAAAAGAAAGAAAAGAAAAAGGACAAAGAAAAAAAGAAGAAAAACAAAGAUAAGGACAGGGACAAAGAGAGAAGCAAACACAAAGAUAAGAGCAGCAAGUCGCCUGGUACUUUCCCUGCUGGUUUGACCAAACUGAAGAUUAGAUUGGGUAGUUCCCCAUUCUCUUCUACUGUGACGUACAGUUCUGAAGCUAAGGAUCGAUCGCCUUCAGGUUCACCAGCACAGAGGCCAGAAAUACCCAAACUGGUGAUCAAACCGAUGCCACCUCUUCCGUCUAGUCAGGAGCGGGGAUCUGACUCUCCUAAGACCUCAUCUGGUAGCAGUAAAUCCAGUAAAAAGGAGGGUAAAUCUAAGAAGGAUGUGGGCCAUAUUGUGGUGAAGAAAGAACUGCCAGAAAAGCUACCCCUUACUCCACCUGCUGUAGCCAGGACCCCUUCUCCAGCCCCAGUAGCUAAAACCCCGUCACCUGUAAAGAGAAUCCCUUCACCUGUUCCAGUUAAACAGGAGUCCUCCCCAGUGCCUCCUCCCAAACCUGCGACCUCUGUACCUCAACCCAAAACUGCCACCCCUGUGCCAAAGUUUACAGGAUCAGAGUCACCAGUCCGAAGUUCUCAUGAUCGGCCACCUGUCCUCAAAAUGGAAAUGAUGGAAGAUCCGCCCAUCUUGACCCCCCAACCUUCUCCACGUCAUCAGACUCCAACACCCCCACCCCCAAACAAUCCAACUCCUCCCAAGGUGCCUACAAUCAAAUCUGCUCCAUCUCCUAUUUCUAGUCCGAAACAUUCACCAUCACCCAUGCCUGUAUACUCACCUCUACGCGUCAGCUCUCCACCUCCUUCAGCUUUCACCUCUAAAUCAAUGUCAUCGUCUCCAGUGAAGACACCAUCACCUUCACGCACUCGUACACCCUCACCCAUUCCUUCACUUCCUCCUUCACCUAUUCAUCAACCAUCACCAUCACCCACCCCUACAAAGCCCCCAACACCUUCCCCUACGCCUACACCUGCUCAUUCUCCCUCUCCUGGCCCCCUUGUUAUCAAAGAAGCACCUGUUAUUCCACCAAUGCCACCACCCUCCAUUGGGACAGCAACACAACCUUCAGCAACUGCCAAGACUUCCCUCCAAAGGACCGUUACCUCGGAAACCAUUGGAAGCUUUAUUGAUGCCUCGUCUGGAGAAAAGAUCUGGAUUUGUCCAGCGUGUAAACGACAGGAUGACGGCAGCCCAAUGGUUGGUUGUGACAUUUGUGAUGAUUGGUAUCAUUGGGAAUGCAUAGGGAUCAACAAAGAACCUGAAGAAGACAGCUGGUAUUGUAACAAGUGCUUGGCGCCCACAAGGAAACCGUCUAAACGUGGACGGGGAGGUGGGCGGGGCAGGGGUAGAGGAAGAGGCAGGAAGAAAUCACUUAAAGACUGAUAUCUGAAACAAAACCUGAUUAUUGUAUUGUUUUGUAGUCCAAACUGAAGUGUUAACUAGAAUAUUGAUGGGAGAUUGAAUGAUAAAAUGUGGCUGCGUUACUGUAUUGGCACUGUUAAAUAUAAAUGACAUUGAAUUUAUUAGAUAUCUAGAGAAAUCAUUACUCAGACAUUCAGAUUCAUCCGACAUGAAAAUCAACAAACAUGCAAAAGCUUGUUACAGCCAAAUGUAAAGAAAUGGCUACUACUGUUGGUGAUAAUGUUACUAUAUGAAGCAUUAAGGGCAGCAGGCUUGAUGUCUUGGUAUGACAGGAACUGUUAAGAGUUGAUGACACAUCAUGGUUACAGAGUUCCCUGUGUUCCCCAAUGAUGGAAAUGGAUUUUACCAUUACAACAUAUCAUGGUAUCAAAGCUUAGAUAUUGUGUUCAUUUCUAUUUAUUCAAUUUAUAUUUGUUACAGUUCAAGAACAUUUUGUUUUUUAUGAAGUUUAAUGUAAAAAGACCAGCUUACUUGGUAAAUGAAGAUGUAUGU